GUUAAAAUUGAAAUGCCCGGACGGGCAGCAGUCAGUGGCGAGUGGAGCGGCGCAAGAAUCGCACGCGAGUGCCUUGAAUCGUGUCAAGGAUCUAACAAACGUUCAAAUACAUAUAUGUGAUAUUAGUGUACGCGCGUUCGCUAGUAUAGCUAGUAAACUAUAUGUCCUACGGGCGGCUAAGUUCGAAUAAUAAUGAGUGCGGUCCGUGAGCAGCGCCAGCCGAAUCCAGUGACAAGGGCCAACUUCCUUUCCAAAUGGUUUUUUAUGUGGACGCGCGAGAUUCUCGUCAAGGGACUGCGACGGAAUCUGGAUCCAUCGGAUCUCUACGAAACGGAGCCCAGUCUCGACAGCACCAAGGUGUCCUCCUUCCUGCUCGGCCACUGGGAGCAGGAGCUCAAGCGGUCCAAGCCCAAUGUCCUGCGCAUGAUAUUCAAGGCCUACGGCUGGAGCUUUGUGCCAGCGAGCAUCGUGUACUCCAUCAUGGCCAUAGCAGUGCACACAACGCAGCCCCUGAUGUUGGGUGGCUUGGUGUCCUUCUUCUCGGAGAGCACUGGGAAGAUCACCAAGCACUCGGCCUACCUGUACGCCAUGGGUGUGGUGCUUUGCUCCCUCAUCUCCGGACUCUUCUUCCACCCCUUUAUGAAGUACCUGUUCAAAGUGGGCUCUCGCGUCCGGCUGGCCUGCGCGGGACUCGUCUACCGGAAGUUUCUCCGGGUCUCGGUGGCGGCUGACAACAGUGGAGUAAGUGGCUAUGCCAUAUCCCUGAUGGCCACCGAUCUGCCCACUUUCAACGAGUCCUUCUACUGCUUCCACGAACUGUGGCGAGGACCUUUGGAGGGCGUGGUCUUCGUCUACAUCAUAUAUCAGCUGAUUGGAUGGCCAGCGGUUGUGGGACUGGGCACCAUCGUGGCCUUCAUCCCACUCCAAGCCUGGGCCGCAAGGGCAAUAGCGCGGUACAAAAGGAGUUCGGCGGAUGUGGGAGAUGAAAGGGUGAAGCUGAUGAACGAGAUCAUCGCCGCCAUGCAGCUUAUCAAGAUGUACGCGUGGGAGAAGUCCUUCGCCAAGCUGAUAGGCAAAGUGAGAAAGGAGGAAAUGGAGUCCAUUAGGGGGUCUACCUACAUCUACGCAGGACUACAGUGCACAGGCAUGAUAUCCAAGCUGUCCCUCUUUCUCUCCCUGGUGACCUAUGUCUUCACGGGCGACAUAGUCACUUCGGAAAAGGUGUUUAUAGUAGCCAGCUAUUAUGAUCACCUGAAUGAAUCCUUGCUCCACUCCUGGCCACUGGCCAUCAACAUGUGGGUGGAGACCUUUGUGGUAGCCAAUCGCGUGAAGGACUUCCUCUUCCAGCACGAGAAUCCUGCUGAUGGUGGAGUGCACAACUUCAAGGAGGCGGAGGAUAAUCCGGAGCACGGCAACUUCUUCGGACGCACCCACAAGCCCAAGGCUGAAGCUAAAAGCAUUGCGGUCCAUAAAAUUACUGCGAGUUGGGAUCAGAAGAAGCAGGAAAAGCGCCAUCGCCACAUCGAGGAUGUGAGUUUUCAGGCCACGGAUCAGCAGUUUGUGGGAAUCGUGGGAACCGUGGGUGCCGGCAAGAGCACCCUUCUUCAAGUGAUCCUGGGCGAGCUGGAUAUUAUCAGUGGCAGUGUGGACGUCAAUGGAGUCCUCAGCUAUGCUCCACAGGAACCCUGGCUACUCCGGGGUAGUCUCCGUGAUAACAUCCUCUUUACGGAGCCCUACGAUGAGCAGCGUUACCUCGAGGUGCUGCGAGUUUGUCAUCUGGACAGGGACGUGGAACAGCUGCCCUUGGGCGAUAGCACCAGAGUGGGUGAAGGCGGUGCCAGUCUGAGUGGCGGUCAAAAGGCACGAGUCAGCCUGGCGAGGGCUGUCUACCGGAAGGCGGAUAUCUACCUUCUGGACGAUCCACUAUCCGCCGUGGACUCGCAUGUGAGCAAGAUGCUCCUGGAUCGGUGUCUCAACGAGUUCCUGUCCAAAAAGAUCCGCAUCCUGGUCACCCAUCGUGUUCAGCUGCUCAGACACGUGGAUCAUUUGGUCCUGCUCGAGGGUGGUCGCAUCUCUGUCCAGGGGCACUACGAUGCCCUGAAGAAGCUUAUUCGAUUCAGGAUGUCGGUGGCCAAUGACGUGGAGGUGGCCAAAUUGCGAGCCAUGCGAACGGAUAGUGUGUACGAGGAGCCCGAGCCACGGAAAUCUUUGUCCCAGGAGGAGCAUCUGGAUCGGCACGAGAUAGAGCAGCAGUUCAAGGAGCAGCAGCAAAUCGGAUCUGUUAAGCUGAACACCUACAAGGAGUACUUCAAGGUGCUGGGACAUCCCUUGGUGGUGGUGCUCAUCCUGCUGAUGUUCGUCGUGGCCCGUUCCUCCGAGGCAACCAUGGAUAUUUUCCUUUCCAAGUGGGCAACUUGGGAGGAAACGGAACCCAAUCAGCACGAGCCCAUUCCGGAGUAUCAUAGAACCCGUCUGCGCAUGAUGAUCCUCUACACGUUCCUCAUCCUGUGCACCCUCAUCUUCUACGUGCUCCGCACCUUUGGCUUCUUUAUGAUGACCUUGCGGAUAUCGCUGCGCAUCCACGACCAACUCUUCCAAGGCGUCAUUCGUGCUUUUAUGCACUUCUUCACGCUGGCCACCUCCGGCCGGAUUUUGAAUCGUUUCUCCAGCGACGUCCUGGCCAUCGAUAUCAAUCUGCCGCAGGCUCUGAUGGACUCCAUGGAAUUUGCUGUCAAUGCUCUGGCGGUUCUCGCGGUGGUCAGCACGGCAAAUAUUUGGCUCCUCAUUCCGGCCAUCGUGGUGGUGGCUCUAUUGUACGGCUGUAGGUGCCUCUAUAUAGGAGCUAGCCGGAGUUUGAAGCGCAUAGAAACUAUAUCCCGCAGUCCCAUCUACUCCCACACAAAUGCCACCUUCAAGGGAUUGGCCACCAUUCGUGCUAUGAAUGGAACCAAGUACAUGGAGCGGGACUUCCACUACUACCAGAACGAGAACACUUCUGCCUUGUACCUCCACGUGAGCAUUAACCGGGCCUUCGCCUUCUGGACGGACCUCAUCUGCGUCCUGUACAUUCUGGCGGUGACAUUCAGCUUCCUGCUCUUCGACAAGCACAGAGGAUACUACAGCGGCGAUGUGGGUCUGGCCAUCACACAGUCUAUGAAUCUGGUGCUGAUGUGCCAGGCGGGAAUGCGGCAAACCGUGGAGCUGGAGAACAUGAUGACCAGCGUGGAGCGGGUGAUGGAGUAUGUGAAUAUACCAUCGGAACCUGCCUACGAAACGGAGGAGUCCGUCAAUCUGCCAAAGCACUGGCCCAGUGGAGGGCAGCUGGAUUUCAGGGAUCUGCGGCUGCGCUACAGUAGCCACGGGCCCUACAUCCUCAAGGGUCUCACCUUCACCAUCCGUGGCGAGGAGAAGAUCGGCAUAGUGGGACACACGGCGGCCGGAAAGUCCUCCAUCGUCCACGCGCUCUUUCGGUUGGCUCACAUCGAUGGACACAUCUGCAUCGAUGGCUUCGAGACAUCACAGCUGGGUCUGCACGAUUUGAGACGUAGGAUCUCGAUCAUACCGCAGGAUCCGGUGCUUUUCUCGGGAUCUCUCCGCUUCAACCUCGAUCCGUUCGAGGAGAAGACGGACGAGGAACUGUGGCUGGCCCUGGAGGCCGUCAAGCUCAAGGAGUUCGUAUCGAAUCUGAAGGAGGGCAUCAACUGCAGGCUCCACGACUGCGGCGCCAACUUCAGCAUGGGCCAGAGGCAGCUGGUCUGCCUGGCCAGAGCUCUCCUGCGCCAGAACAAAAUACUCAUCAUGGACGAGGCCACAGCCAACGUGGAUCCCGAGACCGACAAUCUCAUCCAGGAGGCGAUCCACACCAAGUUCGCCCACUGCACCGUGCUGACCAUCGCCCACCGGCUGCACACCGUGAUGGACAACGACCGGGUGAUGGUGGUGGACAUGGGCCGGGUGGUGGAGCUGGGGCAUCCGCACGAGCUGCUCCACAACCGGCACGGCUACCUGCAUCGCUUUGUGGAGAAGACGGGCGUGGGAACGGCGCAACACCUGCGCCACCUGGCGGAGCAGAGCUACCGGAAGAGGGUGCUGGGCAGGAAGUCGGAGGAUCAGGGAUCCGUGCUGGAUAUGGGUUACAAGGGGACGACGCUGUGAAAGACUGCAGGGUAGGGGGGGAAUCAAUUGGUACACCGGGUUAAGGAGGUUUUCGUUCGUUAGGUAUGGUAAUAUAGACUUUAUUAUAGUGAACUGAUCUUUAAAUAUAGUUAUAUAUGUAUAUACUUUAUAUGUAGUUCAUAAUAUACUCGAUCGUUUGCCUUCUGGAAUUUGAAAAAGCAAUUUGUUGUCUUGUAGGUUAAGAUUACAUUACCAUCGUCUAUAUUUUGCUACUCGUACUGUCUGGCUUUGAUUCGCUCUCUAUAACUACGAUCCUUUCUAGUAUCCUUUUGGUUUUGGUUUCGGUUUCGGUUUUUGGUUUCUUUUUAGUUACAAGUCACAUGAAAAUCGAAAUGUUGAACUCUAUAAGUUGCUUCUCUUCUAGGCUUAAAGUUUUAGGUUGUCUCUUCAUUACUUUCGAUUUAGUUUCGAUUUGUAUGGCUUAGAUGUGCGAUAAUGGCGUUUGAUUCUAGAUGUAUAAUAUAUUAGCAUUACAAGAUUUCGAUUUCGAUUUCGCUUCUUAUAUAAAAUUUUUCGUUUUACUUGGUAGAGUGUAAAUGAAUUAUCGCAUUUGGUUUGGUAGCAGUUUUCCACGAAACUUUAAUACAAGUUCAUAUAUAGUUGGAUGUAGUUGUGUAUAAUGUAAAUAUUAAAGUAAAUAAAGCAUAUUCAUGUAUGUAUAUAAUUGGUUUUAAAAUAUUCUCCUCGUACGCUCGCCAUUUGUUUAGCUUAUUUAAAAUUCGCUUAAAGUCUGCCUUCAACAAUAUUUGAUGUAAAUAGAAAAAUCAGUGAUUCAUUUAUUUGUAUUCUCUUUAUAAUUAGUUGUAAUAUACUCUAGAUCUUUGGUGCUUAGAUGUAAGUGUCUUCUUUUUGCGGUUGAUAAAACAAAGUUAAACCUUGAAAUUCUUCCCCAAAUUCCAAAGCCUAAAUUGUUUUCUGAAUGCCCUUUAGAAUGUAAAUAAGUAACUAGAUUUGGUUGUCCUAGAAAUAAGAUUGUUUGUUUGCUCGUUUUGUUUUAAGAAAAAUUCGAUGCUUUAAUAAAAUUGUUUUCGUUAUUUUUUUUUUUUUGUAUUUUUGUAUUUUCCGUAAGUUUUCUCCUCGUCACUCUAAUUGUAAUUGUUUAGCUAGAAGUUCUCAAGCAACUUUAAGAUUUUUUCGCUCUACUUUUAUUUUUUGUAUCUUGUAUUCAUUUGGUAUUCUCACAGUUAAGCUUCUUUGAUUGAGCACAAAAGCAAAUGAGAAUCGUCUGUUUUUUUUGGGGGGGCAACAACUAAACCUUAUCAAUAUCGAUUUCUAUUCCUACUAUGGCUAUAAUCUGGAGAUCUGCAGCCUUCGGCCAUUCGGCCACCGCAUUGGACAGACCCGGAAAUCUUCCCCUAUUCCCGGCUAGCCCAGU